UUUCUAUCUUUGAUUCAUCAUUCAUCGCAACUCUAAGCAGGUACACGCAAGCAUGUGAAAUAUGCCCCGUACGACUUUCACUUAAUACGCAGAAAGAACGAAGUGGGGACAGUGCGAAGAACGGUAACGGAUUUCAAAAUAAGGCAAGCAAAACGUGGAAUCGGAGAGACGGGAACAGAUCGAUUGUAAGAGCCAUAGCAUCGUUUUUCGCUUUAAAAAGUCUAUAUUAUAUUCCUUCCAAUGAAGAAAGACACAUUGGAAUAAAAACACUCGCAUAUCCAGUGUUACACUUUGUGACGAACUUUCUUCUUAUUUUACGCAUAUUGAACGUAUUACCUUGUAAUCGCCAAGAUGACAAGACACGCUUCCUGGACGACCAUAAUCUUUGCGACAAUAAUCGUCACUUGUCUACUUGGAUUAAUCGUCGAAACUGCGGCCACGAUAGCUCAACCAAAGGCACCUAAUUUUCAAUACUUUGAACGGCCUAAAUACCGCUAUCCAUACUACGAUGAAAAUGGCAGAGGAAAACUACUCUAUGGCUAUGGAGGACCAGAUCUAUAUCAAUAUAAAACUUACAGUGCCCUCGAAGGAAUUCAUUAAAAUAAAGAGCACUAAGUUACACUAUAAAAAUAAUUGAUAAUCAUUCAAUGAAUUAUGGUUAUUAUACGUAGGGUGAUCGUUUGUGAAAUGAUCAGAGUACAUACACGAUUCUGCUUCCGAUUACAAGAAAAUGAUUAUAUUUUAUGUUAUAUUGUCAUAAUAAUAACAUAAUACAACAUUCGACACUUUGUAUUAUACUUACAUCUUUUCUUGUUGUCAGAAACAUAUCGAGUUACGAAAAUUAAGGAACAUUACAAGAUCAUUUAUUCUUCCAAUUAUAACCAAUUAUAUUUUUAAAUGCAAUCGAUCGAUAUGCUUAAUUACGUUAUAAACACAUGUUUCUUCGUCACGAGUUAUGAUUUUUAUUAUUCGGUAACACGGUCUAUUUCUCGAAAUAGUUAACGAAAUAAAAAUGAGUGAAUCUAUUUGUCUUUAAAAGACAAAUUAUUUCGUUAGUCAGAUGAAUGAAAACUGUGUUAAAUAUUAGAAUAUUAUGAUUAAUCGAUGUAGAAAUUGCUACAAAUACAAUUGCGAACAGUAUCAUUAAAAUCGAUCGUCUACGAAAAAUUUGUGGAAUGUGCAUAGCAUUUCUAGAAUCUAUGACGUGUCCGAUAUAAUCACUGUGAAGACGAGAAGUGAAACGGCUAAAUUCUAAUGCCUAGAAAUCGGAUAUCGUACAUCAGAAAGUCAGAAAAAUUUGUAAAAACGCAGUCAUUUAAAAUCUUUAGUUAAAUGCGCUUAGUUAGACGCAAAAAUUGUUUGUUUCGUGACAAGUGCACAUACAAGUUUACAAAUGUGCAAGCAGAGUUGAGUAUAGCGAGAUAAUGUUGAUAAACGAAUGACUACUACCCGUACGAUGUGUAUUGGGUAUUUUAUUCCAAAUGAUCCUUGUCCGCCUUAUCUUCGGCAGACUGUAACUGUCAUACAAAAUCCAUUUCGGACUUAGUGUAAUGUCGUGUACCUGAUCGUAAUCUGUACAGCUGCCUCUCUAUUAAUUUCUUUAUCUCGCUAAUUAUGAAAACGCUUGAUGUGAUUCCGACGAGAACCAAGAUAUCUGUUAAAACAGGAACAAAUAUAUCCUUAUUUAAAAAUAUUAAAAGUAAAAAUGAAACAUUGUGAAAGCAUCGUUCAAACUACGCACCUACUGCUGAAAGAGCUUCAGUUUGGAAAACUCGUUGUAAUGGCGGAAAGUAGAUCACCAACAUCUGUCCUAUUACUGAUAAUGUUACGGCUACCAGGAACAUUUUAUUACUCAAAAAACCAAUAGUAAAUAUUGAUUUGGUCUGAAAUAUUUAUGUUUAAUUUGUAGAAAAUAUAUACUGUAAUACUUUA